CAGCUGGAAGGGGUUGGACAAUAACUUCCCUUUUUAGGGUCCGCCCUUAUAUGUGAGCAGAAACGAAAGGAGGAAAAUAGAUGACUCAACUGGGGAGGUUUUGGUUGGAGUGGAGAUAACAUUUUGGAAUAUAUCAAAAGCUUCUGCAGCAAUUAAGAUGGAUUCAUCUUUCCGAGCAGAGCUGUUUGAUUUCCACGGAGUCUCAAUGACCCGCUAUUUCACAGACAACUGGGACAAUGUUCAAAACUUUCAGGCCAGGCCGGAUGACAUACUCAUUGCAACAUAUCCCAAAGCAGGAACAACAUGGGUGUCUUGCAUCCUUGAUCUCCUUCAUUUUGGUCAAACUUCUUCAGAGCGCCAGACAUCCAUCUCAAUCUAUGACAGAGUGCCUUUCUUGGAGAUGUCGGUCCCGUCUGUGCCUAAAGGUACAGAGCUGCUAGACAAGCUUGUCACUUCUCCUCGACUCAUCAAAACUCAUUUUCCAGUUCAGUUUGUGCCAAAGUCCUUUUGGGAGCAAAACUGCAGGAUUGUUUAUUUGGCUCGUAAUGCCAAAGACAGUGUCGUGUCAUAUUUCCACUUUGACCGCAUGAACAUGGCGGAACCAGAACCCGGAAAAUGGAGCAGCUUCCUCCAGAGAUUUAUGCAAGGAAAGAUGGUGUUUGGAUCCUGGUAUGAUCAUGUAAACGGCUGGUGGAAGAAGAAGCAGACUUACUCAAAGCUCCACUACAUGUUCUAUGAAGAUCUGAUCGAGGACACUGGACGUGAACUAGAAAAAAUCUGCAGCUUUGUUGGUUUGUCUCCUUCAGACGAGUACAAGAAAAGCAUCAUUGACACAGUGCAAUUUGAUAACAUGAAAAAUAACAAAAUGGCCAACCACUCCACGAUUUCAGUUAUGGAUUUCAAAAUUUCACACUUCAUGCGAAAAGGAAAAGUUGGUGACUGGAAGAACCAUUUCACUGUGAAUCAGAAUGAACACUUUGACGAAGAUUACAAGAGAAAAAUGACAGAUCCCACACUUGAGUUUCGCACCGAAAUUGAUAUUUCUGCUAUUUAGACUGAUUUAGUAUUACCAUGAGAAAAAAGUUACAGAAUAACUUUUCUUGUCAACAGUAUUAAUUAUUAUUAAUUGUUACUAAAUUACUAAAUCACAUACAAAUUAAUGUAUGUAAAACAAGUGCAUCUAUAUGCACAAAGCAUUAAUUGCUGCUGGUAUAAUCAUUCAACGACUACAAAUAAAGUACUAAUGCAGUUUUAA